GGAGGCGUACCAAGCUGAUCUUUCGAUAGAUCUGAAUAAGCACCACGUACCUGCGACGUUUAUGGACAAAUUGGCUUAUUGGACCGUCAAAUCCCUCAGAUGGCCCACCGACUUAUUCUUUCAGAGGCGAUAUGGCUGCCGGGCAAUGAUGCUAGAAACUGUAGCUGCUGUUCCAGGCAUGGUGGGUGGCUUGCUGCUGCACUGCAAGUCACUGAGGCGCUUCGAGCACAGCGGCGGGUGGAUCAAAGCCCUGCUGGAAGAAGCUGAGAAUGAGCGUAUGCAUCUCAUGACCUUCAUGGAGGUAUCUAAUCCCAGGUGGUACGAGCGCGCUCUUGUGUUUACUGUCCAAGGUGUUUUCUUCAAUGCUUACUUCUUAGGCUAUAUGAUAUCUCCGAAAUUCGCUCACCGUGUGGUGGGUUACCUCGAGGAGGAGGCAAUACACUCUUACACCGAGUUCCUCAAGGAACUCGACAAGGGCACCAUUGAGAAUGUGCCGGCUCCGGCCAUUGCCAUCGAUUACUGGCAGCUGCCCGCGAACUCAACCUUACGUGACGUUGUCAUGGUUGUGAGAGCGGAUGAGGCUCACCACCGCGAUGUCAACCACUUUGCAUCUGACAUACAUUAUCAAGGACGUGAGUUGAGGGAGUCUCCUGCUCCAGUUGGUUAUCACUGAGAAGCCUAUAAUUUUGGGUGAUUACAUGAACAAAAAAAAAAAAAAAAGGAGAAAGCAUGAGAAUUUCUUGACAUGAAAUAAGUGUUUUUUUCAGAAGUGAUGAUGGUAUCUGGCAUCUACAUAUGGUCUGCUAUCAAUUUGAUUUUGUUGUAAAUACAUUAUGGAGUUACUUGGGUGUGAACAUCUCCCUUUUUCACUAUGGUUGUAGACUUAUAUAUGUCAAUUAAGGUUGAACAUGGUACCUUCCUCAUAUUUGUAGACAGAAAACUAAGAACUAUUUGUAAUUCUAAAGGUAAUAUUGCUAA